AGCGGAAUCAAAUUUAAGUUGAACGCGAACUCGACCUCGAAUUCGACAUUAUCCAUUUGGCGCGGACGUUACAACAUGCCACCAAAAGACAAGGAUCCACCCCUCAAACAGAAGACUCUUCAUGGAUUCUUCUCGAAGCAGCAGGGGGACUCCAAGCCUAAGCCUUCCCCAGCCAAGGCCCCAGAAGUUGUUUCGAAGCCUUCCCAAUUUAGAGCAGCAAAACCAAACGCGACUCCGCCCUCUAAAUCCGUAGAACGAUCCACAAAGAAUAAUUAUACUUCCUCCAGCAGUCCCGCUAACGCGUCACGAUUGACUUCAUCGAGCUCUUACAACGCUCGUAGUACGCCCUUGACCAGCACCCCAAAUGUCACGAUGAUUAGCGAAGAUGAGGAUGAGCAGGACGUAGUGCUUAGCACUCAGGUGGUACGCACCAAUAUUUAUGGUUUUAGGAGUCCCAUCAACUGGAGGAUGUGUAGUCUCGAAAGAAGCGUAAAUUAUUGGUCGAUGAUGACGAGUCUUCCGAGGAGGAAGCUAAAAUGAAACCUCUGUCAGCCACUGCUUUUGCAGAAAAACUUACUGGAUUUAAAAAACCUCAAGGACGCGAGGGCAAGCGGGCGCGUACUUCGUCUGCUCAGGCGACUUCAGAAGACCCUGAUAUCGCUCAGUCGGAGGCAGGAUCAACCAAGCCAGCGUCUU